AUGAGACACCUUUUCACCCUUGGAUCUAUCGCCACUUUUGCCGUCGCUGGCCCUUAUGAGGCCCGACCUGCCAACGUUGACUGUCCCGUCGGAUACACGCUCGUUGGCAAGAAAUGCGAACAGAACACUUUUCAGCCGGCGCAAGUCACUUGCAGCCUGGGUCAGUUGCAGGGGAAUCGAUGCAUUACCACCGUUCCCCCCAUCCAGACCUGCCCAAUUGGAUCAACUCAGGAAGGAAACGUUUGCAAGAUCUUCCAAUAUGACCAACCUCGUCCGGAGUGCCCUAAUGGAUUCCAUCUUGAAGGAGCAUCCUGCGUUCAGAAAAAGCAACUACCCGUCACGGAGGUUUGUGAUGUUGGUCGCCCGGAUGGCAGAGGACAGUGCGUCAACACUGAAGUCGUCAGCCAGGUCAUCAAGAAAGUCUGUCCCUCCGGUUUCCAAGAUGAAGGUCAUGGAUGCGUUAAAACUACUACUUAUGACUGCAGUCCUGACGAAGUAUCUAUUCCGAAGCCCGUCUUCGUGCAUCCUGCUCCUGUGACUAAGGAGACUGCGGUGGCGCAGCCGCUUCCCCUGUUCACCAACUACAAGAAGAAGGGCUGGAAGAGAAUGCUUGGCGCCAAGAAAUCGUACGCUCCAAUCAACAUUGCUCCUGUCGCUCCUGCCCCCAGCAAGGGAGCCGCGCCGAUUGUCAUCAAGUCCCAACCAAUGGCUCCGGUGCCUCCGUCCAAUGUUGCUGUGGUGAAGCAACUUUGCCAGCGGGAGGAUUAUGCUCCGUACGUCAUCGAACACUUCUGCCCACAAGGCUAUGCUCCCCAUGGUGAAGGAUGCGCUGCUACCGCUACAUAUCCUAUGAGCGCACGGUGCAUUAACGGAAAUUCUAUUGAGGCUUGUUUCGAACCCAAGAUUGCUCCCGUCAGCAUGCACUGCAACGUGGGAGCUCUUGUUGGCGAUAAGUGCGUGGUUGCUGAAACAAUCAACUUGGAAACGGUUUGCCCUGCUGGAACUGAACGAGUUGGAGGCGCUUGCCAACAAAUCACGACUCCCAACGUUGCCUGCCCUCCUGGAACUAUCCUCGAGGGUAACAACAACUGUGUUGGGAAAGCUUACACUGAGCCCAUUGGAACUGUCACCACCACCUGCACUGGCAAGGCCUGCUGGCAGCAUUAG